AUGGAUAAUCUUGACCACUGCUUCUAUAUGUUUCAACUGACAACAACGGCAUUGGCAUCGUCAGACAGUGAUUCACUAACAGGUUCAACGAGAUAUGGAGGAUCGUGCAUUGAUGACUUCCAAGAGGGAAGGGGUGGAAGAGCAGUUAGAAGAGUUGACCUGAUUGUGACUCCACCCAAUCAAUUCCCAUUUUCUUUACUAGGAUGGACAGGUUCUAAGGUGUGUACACCAGCUUCUGUCAGAAAUAAACUGUUAUGCCACCCUUAAAGUGGUCUCCUCUUGCAAAAACUUGACGCACCAAAUUGACUUAUUGUGUGCUCAAUUUUUGCGUUAACAUCUGUGGUUAUUUUGCAACAACUUUUAGGACUUGUGUUAGUGAUGUAUUACGAUGGAUGAUGUUACUGUCAAUAAUAAUAUUAUGCACCUGUUUUUCUUGUCUAGCAAUUUAACCGCUCAAUAAGGGACUAUGCCUGGAAAAUGUUGAAAAUCAAGUUAUCGAACCGUGGAAUGUGGGAUCAUAACCAAGUGGUAAGUUCUUGUGUCCUUAAGAACAGGGGAUCAUAG